CCUAUAUCAAUCAAGAUCAUCAAUCCUUUCAAGUUUGAACUUGAACCUUUGUACUCCACUUCACCGACCAAAUAGGCUUUUCUUGUGAUCAAUGGAGGAAACAGGAGAAUGCUCUUCUUCAACUUCAGCAAAGCACUUAGAUGAAAUUUGGGCCAAACUUGUUCCAUCAGACGAGAGAUAUUCAGAUGUGGAGAUAAGGUCAGAUGAAAAAGUAAUAUCUUCAGAGAUAUCAGCUACUUCUAGUGACAAACGUAGCUGGUGCAAAAUAGUACGGAAUCCUGACCUAUGUUCGGCCACAAUGGAGAACAAGAGUCAAGAUACAAUUCUUGUUGAUGGGGCUGUGAUACACAGUGAUGACACCAUUGUCAUUAAGGAUGGAAGCCAAAUUAUCCCAGGUCCUGAUAGGGAAGGAUUUGUCAGCUACAAAUUUCAUAUAAUGUCUAGCCCAGAUGGCUCCCAGAGGCAGCUAAAGAUAUGUGUAGAUGCUGAUCACGCGAAGUGUAGCAUUUGCUUAAACAUAUGGCAUGAUGUUGUUACUGUAGCUCCAUGCCUUCAUAAUUUUUGCAAUGGUUGCUUCUCAGAGUGGUUAAGGAGAUCAAAGGAAAGACAUGCAUCUGUACUUUGUCCUCAAUGCAGAGCAGUAGUUCACUUUGUUGGAAAAAAUCACUUUUUGCGUAUAAUUGCUGAGGAUAUGCUGAGGGCUGAUUCUUCACUAAGACGCCCACAUGACGAAGUUUCACUUUUAGAUUCUUAUGCAUCAGUACGAUCAAACCUUGUCAUUGGAUCUGGAAAGAAGAAUCGAAAGAGGGCUUCCGCACUACUAGAAGAUCAAAGUGAUGGCACAUAUCAUCAGUGCCCACAGUGUGUUACUGAAGUUGGUGGAUUUGGUUGCAAACAUGACACUGUUCAUCUCCAAUGUCAAGCAUGUGGAGGAAUGAUGCCUUCCCGUACUGGUUUUGGCAUUCCUCAGUAUUGUUCAGGAUGUGAUAGGCCAUUCUGUGGAGCUUAUUGGCAUGGUCUAGGAGUAACCGAGAAUGGCUCUUACCCUGUUUGCUCCCAGGAUACAUUUAGGCCUAUUUCAGAACACCCUAUUUCGAGCAUUCCAUUGUUAACACAUGAAAAGAAUCUCCAUGAACAGAAGAUAACUGAUAGUUGCAUUAGACAAAUGGGAAGGACAUUGCCGGAUGUGGUAUCAGAAUGGAUACAAAAGCUGGACAACAGAGAAAUCGAUAGAUCGCGAAUGAUGCUAAAUCAUGCUGAGACGAUUACUGCUCGAACUUUUGUAUGCCGUGACUGUCAUCACAAGUUGGUGUCGUUUCUCCUUUACUGGUUUCGCGUCUGUAUACCCAAAUCUCUUCUUCCACCAGAUGCAUCAGCGAGACAAGAUUGCUGGUAUGGAUAUGCAUGUCGAACACAGCACCGUAGUGAAGAGCAUGCUCGUAAGAGAAAUCAUGUGUGCCGUCCAACCAGAGGCUCAAACGUGUGACUAUAAUGUCAGCAUUUUUCUUUCAAGUUCGAACUGUUUUCUUAUUCUUCCCCUUUUCAACAAUACUAUGUGUUGUGUCAGUUAGACUUUUCCUCUUGUUGGAUCAAUGACGCUAAUUCCUGGAUUCAAAGCACUUCAAAAUUUAAAAAGUGGUGAUUAUCUAGCAAGUAGUCUUGUUACAGAAAA